CGCAGCUAGAGGACGCAGGAGAGAGUAGCAAGCGUCAAGCAAGGCAAGUCAUAUCUUUUUUUUCUCCUUUGCUUUGUCCGGCCUCCUGCCGCCACCGUCCAGGACAGACAGACGCAAGGGGCUUCAUUUCCUGCCUAUCUUCCGCAUCCCAGCACAGCCCUAUCCUCCUUGUUCCUAGCGGUCUAGACUCCUUGCUGGCAGCUUGCGACGCAGCUCACCCACCCCGCAGCUGGGUUGGGCUGUUGAUCCGCCGCCUUCCAUCAACAACCCGCCCCUCCCUCCAUCUUCCCACUUAUUCCUUGUGCGCCGCCCCCGAAUCUGCGGUCCUAGUGCCCGUUUUCUCGUCACUUGUCCCCAAAGGCUCCUAUAAAUAAAUUCUCGCUCCUCCCGCCGUGCGUCAUCGCGCGCGCGCCGUUCCUUCUCGUUGCCGUAACUGUACCUGCAUUCGCCCAGAGACAGCAAGACACAGCCAUGGAGAACCGCUCAAGAGGCAUCUCGGAGGAGGAGCUCUUCCUGAGCCACCCCGCUCGCCAGGACGGCGACAGCCCGACCGUGGAGCCGUUGCGUAUCUUCAAGCCACAGAGCCCCAAGCCCCAGGCCGAUGCUUCGGGCCGUUUCAAGUACCCGCGGCCGCCCUCGCCGGCCUCGUCGUCUUCAUCCCACCACUCCAAGCCGUCCUUCCCCCUGCCCCCGGGCGCAUCGAGUUCUGCCGCGCCGCUGCCGUACCCUGACGACGAGGACUUGCGCCCGUCCAAGCCCUCGCAUGCCCCACGCCCUCCCUACCCCUCGGACAGCGUGCGUAGACCCUCCAACAACAGGGUUCAGACGAGCAGUCCGGCCAACUCCGCCGGGAGCUACAACGACACCUCGCCGCGCCUGAAUCUCAGCACAGGCGUCGAGAAGAAGCCCGGGCUUGCCGAGCGCCGCGGCACCGCACCAACAGCACUCUCGCCCACGAGUGAUGAUGGCGAUAAGGACAAUCUUUUUGCGCAGCCUAUACCCCAGCCCAAGCCGCAGCAGGCGCAACAGGCCCAACCCAAGCCACACUAUCCGCAACCAAAGAUCUCUACUAGCUACCAGAACAAGCCGUACUAUCCCUCACCUGCUGGUAGUUCCUCAAGCCCUGCCCCAGCCAACAAUGUGAAGCGCCACGAGUCGCCCACAGACUCACUUGGCAUGCCACAGGAAAGUAGCGUGAGCCGCUUCGCCUCGACGGCCUCCACAUCGACCACCCGCGCUAGCCGGGGCUCACCUCCUCCUCCCGAAACCCCCGUCGUUGAGCCGGGUGUCCGUCCUGGCGAUGGCAUCGAGGCUCGGUACGCCGCCUCUGGCAUUUCGGGCGCCGCUACCCUGACCGGUCUACAGGCUCAGCAGCUGCAGAGCUCAGCAGCGUCGCAACGCCUUGCCCAGUAUGGCGGCCAGCCUCCUCCACAGCGCCCUUGGACGCCCACCGAGACCCCAGACCAGCAACCCCAUGGACCUCCGACCGUCUAUCAAGGGUCCGAUCGGGUCAACGAGGCGCCUCAGCAGGCUACUGGCCCCGCACAGGCGAACCAGGGGCAGCAGGGAAGCCUUCAAGUUAGCAUCUUGGAGCAGGACUUCGCUCGUAUGCAAGCAUCUACUCCUCCUCCAGCCUAUACCAGUGUCAGCCUUGGAGGCAACUCGUACCCCAACGAGAAGCAGCGACCUGGAGCGCAGCAGCCAACGCCCAAUGCCCAACAGCAGCAGCAGCAGCAGCAGCAGCAGCAAUCACUGUCACAGCAGCAGAGCCAGCAGCAGAGCCAGCAGCAGAGCCAGCAGCAGAACCAGCAGCAACAGUACCACCACCAGCAACUACAACAGCAACAACAACAACAGCAGCAGCAGCAGCAACACCCUGCCUCAUCUGUCGUGGGAACAUCCGCUGCUGCUGCCAUCGCUUUAGGGUCAAAUGCUAGUGCUAGCACUGUGCACGCGCCUGUGGCCCAGAACCAGGAGAAGAAACAGCAACAGCAACAGCAGCAGCAGCAGUAUGCGAACCCGCUCGCAUCACCAGCUCUUCAGCAUCCGGGCCACCCUGCGUUUGCGAACGACCCCAGGCCAGAGAGUAAUGGACAGAACGGCCAACCAUCCAUCGCAAUCUCUCACACACCUUCGGUGCUGCACGCGCAGAACCCGACGUCUCCUCCCCCACUGCCCGAAGGCUGGAUCUCGCACCUCGACCAGAACUCAGGUCAAUACUACUACAUCCACCUUGUAACCCAGGCUACGCAGUGGGAGUUCCCCAAGGGCCCCAACCCGAUCAAUCAUGAGACGGCGCCGCUGUCGCCAACUGCUUCGACUUAUGGAAACCCGCUUGUCUCGCCCUUUGGCCCAAAGCAGGGGAUGGGGUCUCCGGGCCUUUUCCCACCCCAGACGCCAGGCUACGCCGAGAGUAUUAUGAGUGUGGCGGCCUCGGCUGCCCCAACCGCGGGCUUUACGGGACCUCCGCCGAGCUCCGGUGUUGAAAUCUUCAAGGUCGCGCCCACGAACGGAGUGUACUUCGGCCCCUAUCUUCGUUAUGUCAACAUGGACGUCGAGCGGGGGGUUUGGCUGGGCAGCAUCAUGAUUGUCACGGACGCGCCGCAGCCGCCCACUAUUCAUAUCCAUCUGAGCGUCGACCUGUCGCCCAACCCGCGCAUGCUCAGCUCGCAUCCUAUUCACACCCAUCAGCGCUGGACCUUUUACAAGUACGACCUGGAUUUGCAGAUGGGCGAGCAAGGGACCGAGCGCUGGACAUAUGCAGUUACUUCGCACCUGGGGUGCACGAGAUAUGAGUUUGUGGUGGCCGGGCGCCAGGAGCCUAGCUGGCGGUUCAUCGCGCACUCGGGCAACGACUUUGCCGCAUCGACAUCGCAGAACGACAGGGCCAAGCUCGGGGGUGUUGGCUUCAUGUGGAAGGAUGUGCUGCAGCGGAACGUCGACUGCGGCGGUUUCCACGUCCAACUCGGCCUUGGUGACCAGAUAUACGGUGAUAGACUUUGGAAAGAUGUGCCGCUGCUCAAGCAGUGGCUCUCGCUACAGGGGAGAGAGAACCGCAAGACGGCGCAAUGGACGGCGCGUCACGAAGAGGACGUCACCCACGCCUACUUCCACUACUACACCUCGCACUUUGACCAGCCAUUCCUCAGAGAGGCGUUUGCUCAGAUUCCUCACAUUCUGCAGCUUGAUGACCAUGAUAUCUUCGACGGGUUUGGGUCAUAUCCAGACUACAUGCAAUCGUCGCAGAUUUUCAAAAACAUCGGCAGAGUAGCCAUCGAGAUGUACCUGCUUUUCCAGCACCACACAACCGUGGAGAUCAUGCGCAAUGUCAACACCGACAUUGACCUGUUCACCGUCUCGGGCGCCGGAUGGCACUUUGUCAAACAUCUGGGACCCGCCGUGGUGGUCGUCGGUGCCGAUCUAAGGUCGGAGCGGACACAAUCUCGCGUCAUGGCCGGGCCGACAUACCAGGGCAUCUUCCCCAAGGUGGCCAUGCUGCCGCCCAGCGUGCAGCACUGCAUUUGGAUGCUGUCAGUGCCCCCAGUCUACCCGAGGCUCGAUACGGUGGAGAGCCUAGCCAAUACCUUUGCGACGAGCAAGAAGGCGGUCAACGCGACGUACAACAUCGUCGGCAAGUUGACGAGCUCGGUUGCCGGUGUGGUGGGCGGCAAGGAGGUUGUGCAACAUGGCUUCACACACGUCAAGAAGGCUGUAGGGAAGUCGGGCCUCAUGGGCAACGUGCUCAACCAGUUUGGUGACUUCGAUUUUGCCGAGGAGCUCAAGGACCUGUGGACGCACGAGACCAAGGACCUUGAGCGCACAUACCUUAUCCGGACGCUGCAGGGAAUCUCGCAGCAGAAGGGCAUCAGGAUGACUUUUCUUUCGGGAGACGUCAACUGCUGCGGAGCAGGCUUGGUACACGACCCAUCGCACCCAAGCGACCACAAGACAAUGUACCAAAUCAUCACGUCACCCAUCGUGGCGGCGCCGGCCAGAGACUACAUUCUCAAGAUGCUCCACAACUCCAACAAGAUGCUGUACGUUCCCAUGAACGGGCAAAAGUCGACGGGCGAGGUGUCGGACACCAAGGAGGACAUGAUGGAGAUCUUCCAGGUGGACGCAAACGGAACGUCGCGCGAGCUCAAGAAGCUCAUGGGCCGGCGCAACUAUGUUGCCAUUGUCGCCUACGAUCCAGAGUCCAUCCCGGGGACCCAGUACGCCGCCAGCAUCAUGAACGGCGGCCAGCCCCAGCAGCAGCAGGGCCUGUCAAAACUCAGCCUCGCCGUCGACUUUGUCGUCCAGGGCGACAGCAACUUCAACUCGGCGCCCACCAAAUAUGGGCCCGUCAUUGUCCCGCACCUCGAGUACGGCCACUAAAGUACAUGGCCAAGCAGCAUGUCUCCUGUCCGCCUGUCUAUCUGUCGUUUUCUAUUCCGGGCACCGAUUCCUUACAUAUGUCUCUUCUCCGACACUAUUGUUUCCCCUCGUCUCUACUUCCUCGGUCGGAUAGCAGCUCGACGGUCACAUUUUUCGUGCGCAUCCCUUUGUCAUAGCGCGCGGUCGCCUUCCAUCCAUGUGCCGUAUAUAUCCCAUUUACAUCCUGCCAAUUUAUGCCCUGCUAUGCCCCUGUAUUCUCCCCCACGCCGCUUGGAUUGUUUCCAAUGUCUUGUCAUGUCAGAUUCUUGUAGCUAGAAGUGAUUUAGCGAGGCGGAAUUAUACCUGCGUUUGGCUCUUUUAUAAGUAACUUAGUUUAUGACCAGCCAGUCUAUUAUUGGCCCUCGCAUCAUUCAAGUCCUCGGCGCUGUCCUUGUGAAAAUAGUAUUUAGCUCCAAUCUUUCGGUCUUGUUAUCUCC